UUUAAAUCCCAGUUCCUUUUGAAUAGGCGAUAUCAACUGGGCUAUUAGAAAAGUUUAGAAAUAGAUUUCUAUCUCUGUAAAAAAAAUCAAUUUUUUUCUAUAGAAUGAAUUCCACAACUAUGCACGAACCAUGUCAACUGCUGUUUGAAUUUGGGGUACCUGUUAAAGGAGAAUAAUAAAAACACUUCCACUAACAGCUGAUUUCCUACAGGAAUAUGUAAACAGGACUGUCAUGAGAAAUUUAAUGAACUGGGAUUUCAAGACACGGAAGGUGACGAGCGGGACACAGGUUUUUCUGAAGAGAUCGAUGGGGAACUCCAGUAGGAAGUCCCUGUCUGGAUUGGUUCCCGUCCCUCCCGAUGAGCCUCGCCCCGAGGACCAGCCCAGGGUAUCGACCAAUCGUAACAGCUGUCCUCAGUUUGUGCCGUACUCUGACGAUGAGGAGGAGGAGGAGGAGGAAGAAGAAGAGGAAUUUUUUGAUGCAAGUGAAAACUUCCCUCCUCCCCAGCCUGCAGUUCCGCCACCCACAAUGAUAGAUGCUAGUAUUGUGGCUAAACUCGUGAAGGAGGUUGAGGAACUGCUACAUCAUGUGACCACAGAAAACUUCCAGGCAGCUACCGACACAGCUAGAGUGCUGCAACAGGCUGAUUUAGGAAAUUUAACUCGAAGACUUUCAGUAGAAAGCACUACCACUAGUUCACAAUUACAAAGUCAUAUAAGACAGACCCAACAGUCAGAGAGAUUGCCAAAGAUUGGGGAAAACAACAUCCCUUCUCCUGAAAACAGAUACAGCAACCCCGCUUACAUUGGGUCCACUGCCGAAGUCAGAAAAUCUGCCAACUUGUCAUCAAAAAACUCAGAAAUCAGAAAAUCCAACAGUGCUAAGCAGGUGGGAGAUUCGCCAGAUAAUUCUGGAUAUUUGAAAUCGGAGGAAAAGCCGUUCCGCUUGCCACCCAUUAGAGACGGGAGUUCCCAGAUUCCUGGUAACUCUAACUCUUUAUAUCCCAGUAUUUCCAAUGACCUUCAGAACGGUGAUGGUAACCUUGCUUGGGAGGUGGACGUCUCCGACCUUCUGCCGCACGGCAGGACGGCAAAGCGACCCGUUCUUACUAGUCAGCUACAACCAAGAGAAACAGAUGAAUCUUACGAAAGUUUCGUUCCUCCAAAAGUGACGGCCACAGCUGCUGAAAUCUCAGCGAGGAAAGUACUGGACCAAAAACGAUGGAACUGUGUCAGCCGGCCUCAGUACAGUAAGUCCUGUGGGAUUACCUCCCUUGUGUCAUGUUGGAAUUUCCUCUUCAGUACCCUUGGCAAUGGAAAUCUCAAUCCUAUAACUCAGGAGGAAGCCUUGACAAUCCUGGGAUUCAAGCCUCCGUUUGGGGAGAUUCGAUUUGGACCUUUUACUGGCAAUGCCACUCUGUUUAGGUGGUUCAGAGUCUUAAAUGACCAUUUCAAGGUCAGGGGUCGGGCUUACUUCAUGUAUAAAAGUCACGGAAAGAACAAGACGUAUGGCACCUCGCCUGAGGAGGCCCUGGGGCACCUCAAAAAGGGCCUCCAAGACCCUUCCACUGCCUUCAUCUACCACUGCCAGAACCACUACUUCUGUCCCAUAGGAUUCGAGGAUACCCCCGUCAAGUGUACAGAGGCUUAUGGGGGUGGACUAUCACAAGAGGAUCUGAACACCUGGGUCCUGAUAGGAGACCCUGCCAGUGGACAUCCAGCCAUGCACUGUAAAAGAUGGACUGAUAUUGUGACAGACAUUGGCUGUGUCAAUCCUGAAUUUCUGGAUAUUCGCAGACUAGAGAAAGGCAUGCAGCGCCGAAAAGCCAAGAAAAUCGGAGGAAACUUACACUGCAUCAUGUCGUUUACAAAAUGUAAAUUCCAGAGCAUAAAAACUUACAGAACUCAGAUUCCUGUGCCUGGUGGAAGAGGAGCAGUGAAGGACGCUGCUCGAUUUAAAAUGACAAACUUCAAAGAGGAAGAUUCGAGUAAUACACUGAAUGUGGAGAAUGUGGAAAGUGGAGAAGGGAGUGUUCAGGUGGCUGAACCAGAAUCUCAAGAAAAUGUGGAAUUUUUCCUGGACGACAAGCAGGAGAACGAGAGACAAGCUGGUAAUAAAGAAGAGGAUGUGGAGGAAGAUGAAGAGGUGGAAGAUCUGGAUACAGAGAAUGAUUCCUCGGAAAACAAUGUGUGAAGAAGAUUUUGUGGGAAUAAUAAGGCUUAGAGGGUGU